UCAGAUCCACCUCUGGAUUGGACGGACAUGUUUGACGUGUUUCCCGGACGUCUCCUCAUAUGUGGGAGCGGAGGGACCCCCGCAGGGCUGCUCCUCAGGGACAGACAGCUGACAGACAGACAGACAGACAGACACGGUGACAGGAUGAAGUCUGCUCUCUGGAGCCUCCUGCUCUGCGCUGCGCUGCUGCGCUCCGGUGUCCAGGCCACAUUCCCGCUGAGCGCAGGAGACCCGCAGCUCAUAGCCGCUCAGAGCUACGCUCAGAGCAGAAAUAAUGGUCGACCACCGCUCAGGACCCUCAAUCUAGCAAUGCCCAGAAGUGAUUACACGUAUAGAGGAGGGUAUCACUACCACUACCAGCCACCCAGGAUCCCUCCACCGGUAGUGUAUCGACCUAUUCCUCUGUCUCCACCAGUGACUUACCACAGACCCUCAGUCCCCAUGCCGCCUUAUCACCAUCACCACAGGUUCAAUGGGCCUCAUAUGCAUCACAUAUACAAAGGCCUGUCCCCACCAGUAUCUCACCAUCCCCAUCAUAGAGUCAAAGGCCCGUUCCCUUACAAAAUGAAAGGCCCCUGCCCGACAAAGUCAGACCCAACAGUAGCACCAACACCUGUGGUCCACCCCCCUACCGUCAUACCAACUCUGCCAGAGACAACAAUGCUGCCAACUCUACCAGCAACCACAGCAGCACCGGUGACAACCAUCAUGCCAGUGGUGGUGACCACUGUGCUGCCUGUGGAGACCACCGCUCCUGUGACGCUACUGGUCAGUACCCAAAGCGGCAUCAUCACCACCAUCAGUCCUGUGGAGACAGAGACAGACUCUCAGUGCAGGAGCCGUCCCCUGGACCUGGUCUUCAUCAUUGACAGCUCUCGCAGCGUCCGUCCUGGUGAGUUUGAGAAGGUCAAAAUCUUCCUGGCCGACAUGGUUGACACGCUCGACGUGGGCUCGGAUGCCACCAGAGUGGCUGUAGUCAACUAUGCCAGCACAGUGAAGAUCGAGUUCCUGCUGAAAGACCAUUUCAAUAAACCCGACCUGAAGAAAGCCAUCUCUCGCAUCGAGCCCCUGGCGGCUGGAACCAUGACCGGCCUGGCCAUCAAGACCGCAGUGAACGAAGCCUUCACGGAGCAGUCUGGAGCCCGGCCUCGCUCCAGGAACAUCUCCAAAGUGGCCAUCAUCGUGACGGACGGGAGGCCUCAGGACCAGGUAGAAGACGUGUCUGCUGCAGCCCGGGCCUCGGGCAUCGAGAUCUACGCCGUCGGUGUGGACCGUGCAGACAUGCAGUCUCUGCAGCUGAUGGCCAGCAUCCCUCUGGAGGACCACGUCUUCUACGUGGAGACCUAUGGAGUCAUCGAGAAGCUCACCUCCAAGUUCAGGGAGACCCUGUGCGGUGUGGACCCCUGUGCCAUGGGACACGACUGCGAGCACAUUUGUGUCAACAGCAACGCCUCCUAUUACUGCAAGUGCCGGAUUGGUUAUAUCUUGAAUGCGGACAAGAAAACAUGUUCCUUGAAACAAGUGAAGGUGGAGGUGGUGGAGGAUCCCUGCAAAUGUGAAGCAAGACUGGCUUUCCAGAAGCAGACGCAGGCGGCCUUACAGCAGCUCACAGCCAAGCUAGCCGAUGUGUCAGGGAGAAUAGAGCGUCUUGAGAACAUGGUGGGCCGUGCUUGAAGCCUUACGCGCUGAGGAAGCCGAAUCUGCUGCCUCCAGUCAGAACCACGGACCACGGUAUCAUGGACUUCUACUGUUUAACCGCAGACUGAGAGAAGCUGUGAUUCAGAAAGCAAUUCCCCCCAAUUAAACUUUUAUAAUUAAGACAUUUUUAUAAACACUAAAGGCAGCAUGAUGUAAUCUUUUUUGAAACUGCUGUAAAUGUUACUUUUACUAAACACAGAUGCUAUAUGAACAUAGUGUGAUGUGUAAUAUAUUGUAUAUAGUCAUAUUUUGUAGUAAAAUGCCUUACUGGGUUUACUUUUAAUUAGCCAGUUAGUAGAAUUUAACUGAAAAAGACUUUAUGCUAUGGAGUAAAUGUUUUUGCAUUGAUUUUCUUUACAUAUUUUUUUAUAUAUAGUUGCAUUUCUUCAUUUAUUUACCUCUGGUGGAUUAUCUAAGUCUGUAUUAAAGAUGAUAAAUGCUUAUCUUUUGUAUCUUUGAAUGUUAUGAGAUGACACAAUGUUUGCCAAGAUCUGUAAAUGCAAUAAAACUGAAAAAUGGACAAUAAAAUCCCAUAACAGAGA